AUGAGUUUUCCAACAAGUAGCAAUAAACCUGAAAUGUACGAGGAGGUGCGUUUAUGGAAAAAUCCUCGUGAACGUGAACGAUAUGAUAAUAUGGCUGAUGUCUUUUCAAUAAUAACAACAUUACAAGCACUUGAAAAAGCUUAUAUAAAAGAUGUUGUUGAAGUUGCAGAAUAUACAAAACAUUGUGAAAAAUUAUUAGCAAAAUAUACAGCUGCAUUUCGUCAAAUUGAGAGUGAAUUUCCUCGUAUUGAAGAUUUUGUUCAUAAAUAUAAACUUGAUUGUCCAGCAGCUAUUCUACGUAUCCGUGAAGGUCGUCCAAUAACUGUUCGUGAUGAUCGUGGUAAUAUGGGUAAAGCUAUUGCAGAAACUGUUUCGCUUCUCAUUAAUUUGAUGGAUAAACUUAAAUUAAAUAUUCGAGCAAAUGAUAUGCUUCAAACAGAUGUUCGAGAAUUAUUAGAUGUUAUCAAUCGAAUGAAUCUAAUUCCUGCGAAUUAUGUUGGUCGAGAAAAACUUCCUAAAUGGUUAAAUAUAUUAACAAAUAUGAAUGCAGCCGAUGAAAUUACUGAUGAACAAGCACGUCAAUUUCAAAUGGAUCUUGAAAUUUGUUAUACAGAUUUUAAUCGACUUCUUUCAUCAAAUGGAUAA